AUGAUUUUUGAAAGUAAUCCUUUAAACUCCUUCAUGCUAGAUGAUGAAGAGCGUUUCAAGAUAGACGACUACUUAGACUGCUUCAAUGACAUGAGUCUCCCCGCUAUCCAAAACACCACGGUUAUUCAGCCUUUCUCCAUGUACAACGAAAGUUACGAAAAGCUUUUCAAUGAAACAGACUCUAUAAUAUCAGAUGAACCAUCUAGUGUUUUCGAACUGGAUACAAACUCCAGAAGAGAUACUCUAAAGUCCGAAGGUUUUAUCUCAUUAGAACACCCAGAUAUGCUACAAAAGCGCGAUAGCGAUUCUCAAUACCACUUCAAAAACGAACUUCCAUACCCAAGAGAUGAAGUAGUAAAGAUGGCUGAAGCUUACCCACCAUCAUUGCAGAAAGUUGAAGAAAGUGUAUCGCCCAAGUCUUCCUGCAUACAACCUGCAGAUGAUGAAACUUCAAACGCUUUUGAUGAGAAGUUCUCUGCACAAGCCGAGAUAAAUAAGACAUCAGAAGACACUAAAUUCAUUUGCAAAGUAUGUCUCAAGAAGUUCAAAAGACCAAGCUCGCUAAGUACACACAUGAAUAUCCACACAGGUGAAAAGCCUUACCCAUGUCCAUUUGAUAACUGUACGAAGAGCUUCAACGCCAAGUCUAACAUGUUGAGACACUACAAGCUACACUUCAAACUAAGUAAUGGUGCUUACAUUCUACCGACCGGUGAGAUCUGUGCUGAGAAGCCAACUGCAAAGCAGCUUCUUCAAAGUAGUAAAAGAACUUCAUCAAGAGUACAGAAAAAGAGAAAGACUUCAAACACUACAACAUCCACUUACGUAAGCGAUGGCUACCCAUCAGAGGUGGAUGUUUCUGGUUCUGCUACUCCACUAAAUAAUGAUGUUCUAUGCAAACCAUACCUAAAUGUUUUACACCAAGGAGGUGAAGCUUCAUCAAUAUGA